ACAAAGCUGUUUUCUUCGGUUCGAAUAUUUAUCUGGAUCGGGAAUAAUUUGUUUACUUAAUAGAAAGUAGUUGAAUUAGUUUUAAUUUACACAGAAAAUUGAUUAUCGCAUUAACGUACACUUAACCAUUUCCACUGCUUUCGGUACUCUACUCUGUACAUAUUUACUAUUUUAUUAUUAUCUUAACGGAAUCUUUCAUAAUCGUCGACUACAGGAAGUAACUAGGAAGAUAGUAAGCCGGUACAAAGGAUUUUUUUGUCUUGCACGGGAUCCUAUCUCAACAAACAAAAGCCCGUGAACUUCGAUAGGAAGGGAAUGGUACAUUCACAUUGAAAGUUACGCGCAUGCAUUGUAUCACCGAUAAAUCAACGGAAUUUAAAUAUGAGUUACCUUUCUAUACGUUCGUACAGAAACACGUAUUUAUAUACGCAUCUGUAUGUACAUACACCUGUAUAUAUGUCGUGGAUAGCAGCGAGCAACAAAUAACAAUGUCGACGAUGGAAGGUUCGCUUAGCAAAUGGACAAAUGUUGUUAACGGAUGGCAAUAUCGAUGGUUUGUUCUGGAUGACAACGCCGGUCUUUUAUCAUACUAUACGAGUAAAGAAAAGAUGAUGAGAGGAGCACGAAGAGGAUGUGUACGUUUAAGAGGUGCUAUUAUUGGCAUAGAUGAUGAAGAUGACAGCACAUUUACAAUUACAACAUCAUCAUAUAAGGAUGAUCCAAAAACAUUUCAUUUCCAAACACGGAAUGCAGAAGAACGAGAGCGCUGGAUUCGUGCUUUGGAGGAUACUAUAUUACGUCAUUCUCAUGCUAGAUGGGAUCCCAAAAAAUCUCCACCUAAACAAGAUUUUGAUCGCAAAGUAGCUGAAGCAGAUGCUUACCUUCAAUUGUUGAUAGAUCAAAUAAAAGUAAUUGAAACAAAACAGAGAAACGCAAUAGAUACAGAAGAUGAAGAAAAGCAAGAGAAGUAUACAGCAAUUUUAACACAAGCUAAUGCAAUGCUUAAUUCUGUUAAGCAUACAAUAGUGCAGUUACAAAUUGCGAAGAAUACAGCAAUACCUGUAAAUGGAAUAUAUAGGGGACCCACUGACUCAAUACAUGUUCAAUCUGCCUUAUCUCAUGUUGCUACUAGAGAACCAGAAGCAACUGUAGAAACUGGUAUUGAGUUAGGCUCUGAAUGUGUAGAACCAAGAGUACCUACAUUGCCAAAUGCCGUUGUAGAUAGAGAUCUUCCAGUACCACAAUUCUCUUAUUCAUCUUCGGACGAAGAUGAAGAUUAUUACGAUGCGGCAGAUGAGAUAUCUCCACCCUCUGUGAUGCAAAAUCACAUUACUGUUAGACGACGAGAUAGCGAACGCCCACAAACGCACGCAGAUAAUUCUAUCGAAAAUCGAAAACAAAACCCGUUGCCGCCUACAAAAGGUGACGGAUCUGUUGAUUACGAUGCUCUUUACGAGGAGGAAAGCGAAACAGAAAUGGAUUCUAUGGAAUCUCAUGGUUCAGUUGUAACCCAUCUUUUAUCGCAAGUAAAGAUUGGCAUGGAUUUGACAAAAGUGGCAUUACCCACAUUUAUUUUGGAACGCAGGUCACUUUUGGAAAUGUACGCAGAUUACUUUACCCACCCAGAUCAGUUCAUAAGCAUAGCAGAUAUGACUACCCCAAGAGAUAGAAUGGUUCAAGUAGUUCGUUGGUACUUAUGCAGCUUCCAUGCAGGUCGCAAGUCAGGCGUAGCUAAGAAACCAUAUAAUCCGAUAUUAGGUGAAAUUUUUAGAUGUCAUUGGGAUAUUCCCAAUGAUGUUGUAGAUAGUACAAAUGAUUCAAAAUUAGUUGCUGAAGGUCCUGUACCUUGGUGUAGAGAGAAUCAACUUUCAUUUGUGGCUGAACAAGUUUCCCAUCAUCCACCGAUAAGCGCAUUCUAUGCUGAACAUUAUACAAAGCAAAUUAGCUUUGGAGCACAUGUAUGGACAAAAAGUAAAUUUCUUGGAUUAAGUAUAGGAGUACACAAUGUAGGAAAGGGUUGGGUGAAUGUAUUACAAUAUGGAGAAGAAUAUGUUUUAACUUUUCCAAAUGGUUAUGGUAGAUCUAUUCUUACUGUACCAUGGAUAGAAUUAGGGGGAACUGCGACUAUACAUUGCCCACAAACUGGCUUCCAUGCUACUGUAGAAUUCUUAACAAAACCUUUCUACGGUGGAAAACGUAAUCGUAUUACAUGUCAAAUUACACAACCAGGAGAUAAGAAACCAUUUCUUUCUAUAAAUGGAGAGUGGAGUGGUGCUAUGGAGGCAAAAUGGGCUGAUGGCAGAACUGAAAUAUUUGCAGAUGUUAGAGAACUUCAGACUCAAAAGAAAUUAGUGAUACCAGUUUGUGAACAAGAAGAACAUGAAUCGCGAAAAGUUUGGCGAGAUGUAACUGUUGGAUUAAGGAUCAACGAUAUGGAAAAAGCUACUGCAGCUAAGUGUACAAUUGAGCAGAGACAACGUGAUGAAGCGCGAAAUAGGAAAGAAAAUAACAUAAAUUGGCAAACCAAGCUAUUUAAGGAAAUUAAAGAUGGUGGUUGGGUGUAUGUUAAACCUCUUGCAGACAGAUUACAUUUGCCUCCAGAUCAAGCAGGAGCAACGUAAAUUUGAAAAAUAUUUCGCCACAGUCUAUGAUAUUGCACAGUACUAGAUAUUUAACGCCUAAUUAACUGAGGGCAUGACUAAUCUUAGUAUUAGUUAAUUUAUAAAAUAUAUUUUAAUGCUUUUCAAGACA